AUGAGUUUGCCCGACAGCAGCCUGAGUCAAGCAGGCCCCAGCGGAACUAGCGGACAGUGGAUCGAACAAGAUAACAACGGCAUAGUUCUAACCAUUCCUGUCGAAGGCCCCACCACUCCACCGCCAUCCACGCCGAGUCGCGCCACUCGUUCCACAAAGAGAUCCCCUAGCAAAUCAUCUCACUCAAAGAAGCGGGACACAGAGUCGCCUCGUACUCCAAAGACACAACCGCUCUCAUACUAUAUCGAAACAGCCAUGGCUGCCGAGUCGCAGGUCAUGGAAGAAAGCCCGAGUCCGAGUGUGGUCCAACGAAAGAAAGCCAAAGCACGUCCUAUCGCGGCCACCGCAAGUUCGUCGUCAACACACAUCCCACCAUCCUCCUCUGUAACGCACGUUCCUGUUGGCCAGCCUGCUACGUCCAGUGUUGCCCGUCGCGCUGCCCUUGAAGCCCAGUCUCAAGCCCAAUACUUACCUCCCGAAGAGGUGUUCCUUAACCUCUUCGAAACUAUGCGCUCCAGCGUAGCUGCUGACUUUCAACAUCAGUACAAUGCACAUCAAAUACAUAUAGCAGCUCAGCACAAUGAAACGAAAUCAAGGCUUGCAGAAACAGAGAAACAGAACGAACAGUUAAGGGAGCGCUUGUUGUCGGUGGAGAAGCUGCGAAGUGAAGAGAGAAGUCGAUGGGAGGUUGAGAGGAAAAACUUGAUGCGUCAGUUGGAGCAGGGCGAGAAUGACGCGGAACGGAGGGAAAGGAGGAAAAUGCAGGAGGAAGAAGCACGUCGUGAAAAGGAGGAACAUGAUAAGGUUAACCGGAAGCUUGUCGAAAAAUACGAGGCCAAAAAGAAAGCAUGGGCCAAAGAGAAAGACGAGAUGUCAAAGAGGGUCGAUGAGCUAGAACAGGAAAACAGAAGGCUGGAAGAGGUUAUUGCAAGCGAUGAUCAAUUGUUGGUCAGUCAACUCCAAGAGAUGGAGGAAGAAAAGAAAGAGCAAGAGGAAAGUAUGGAAGAAGAACGAAGUACAUGGGAGGCGCACAAAAAUGCUUUGAUUCAAGAACUGUUACAGACAAAAAAGGAACUUGAAUCAGAAAGGAAAAAGCACCACGAAACUGUUUCAAAAAUGUACAUGUUGGAAAUGGAUAUCGAAAAUUUGAAAAGCGAGGAAGAAGAACUAUCUACUCAAUUACAACAGCAAAAGGAAAUAUGGGACACGGAAAAGUCAAUCCUCGUGACAAGACUAAAAAACGAAAGGGACGUUUCAACACAGUUGAAGAACAAAAUACAGGAACGCGAGGCAAAGAGGAAGAGGGGAGACGAUAGCGAGACAACGUUCACAGCAGGCAACAAGAAAGCAAAGGUUGACGUAUACGAGGAUGAUGAUGAGAGCCCUGGGGACGAGGAGAUGGAAGGAGCAGUUGGAGAGUGGGAAGGAACAGGCGAGGAGUGUGGGGGAGCAGAAAUUGAGCGGGAAGGAGCAGAAGGAGAGUGGGAAGGAGCGAACUGGGAGCGGGAAGGAGUGAACUGGGAGUGGGAAAGAGCAAAGUGGGACUUCAACAAUACAGAGGAUGCUCCCAUCAGAGCAGCAGAAGAGUUGAGAGGAGUGGGCUGGGAGCAAAGAUACGAAGAGCAGGAGCAAGAAAGAGCAGGGGAUGACUCUGAUGGAGCAGAUGCAGAAAAUGCGGGCAUAGCUGAAUCAUCGAAUCAGCAAUUCGACGACGAUUCAGACGAUCUAGAUGGAUUCUAUGUUUGA